AGUAGCCAUCAAUCGCGUUCAGUUCUAACCGAACGCUCGUCCGAUUCACUGGUCCCGUGUGCACGCCAAAUCCGUUCCUCUGGCUAACAUCGCGCCGCGUGCGAACCUCGAAAAGGGCAACCCUUUGCCAUUGACACCAGUUUGGCGGGCAGCGUCCGGUUUCGCAUCAUUUCGCUGCUAGAACAGUCUCCCCGGGGAUGGAGUUUUCUAGUAAGCGGAUGUGGAUGUCGAGUUUUUGAGUGAUAGUGUGCCCCGAGGCCAACGAGAUCACUCUCUGUACAAGUGUGUGUGUCUGUGUGUGUGUGUGUGUGUGUGUGUGUCUGUGAACGUGCGUCCAUCCGAAACCGACCAGAACGGUCUUACCCACCAGCGCUUUACUCGUGCGGAUGUGAAGCUGCGUGUGACAACGGUUUGCUCAUAAGUCAAACAGAACCACAAUAGCACAAACAACAACAGCUAAAAAGGUGCGAAUCUUUCAAACCUAUCCCACUUGCACCCGUGGGGCACCCUAGGGGCGGUUUGGGAGGCUGAAGGUGUGGCGAGGCUUGAGCAGGUGAUUAAGUGUGCCGACGAAGGGCAGACGGUGCGGCAAACGCUCGGCCCGACGAUGGCUGUAGAUCAAUAAACAAACAAGACGCCAGCCGUUUCGGAUCAUCCGUCAGAGCGCGUGUUGAAUCGCACUAAUGACUACAUCGAUGUGCUCGGUAAAUUGCUUUUAUUCGUGUGUAUGUGGUUGUGUGUAUGUGCGAUUGUGAAUGGGUUUCUAUUACCCGGUUGUGUGUCUCGUUUACUUGGCUUUCUAGCUUUUUCAUGAUCACCGGGAACGAUCGUACCAAACGCACCCGUGGCAGUAAAAUAUUCUGGGUGCGAAAAUGCAUCAGCUACACUAUCGCUAGAAUAGUGUGCUUUGUAACUGGGGCUACUGAAACGAAUCUAAAUUCCAAUCUUAGAACCAUUAAGCGACUGAUUUGCUUUACACAGCGUAAAGUUGGCAAACUAACCGAAAACUUCCAAUACAAUCCAAUACAAUCAUUCCGCCGAAGUUGGUGCUUGUUUUUAGUGGGAGAAAGUGCUCAGCCUGUUACCCGAGCCUUUCCCAGGCAAAGUUGAUAAAAUAUGGCCGAGGCAAAAGUUUCCAGAGCUUUCGAGCGAAUCCUUACGUCUGCCAGCUUUAAGUGAACGUUCUACUACUUACCGCUGCCGUGUAGCUAGCUGGUGGCAAUCAGAUUUAUUAGCCCACCCUUCCGUUUUCGGAGCAGUCGAUCGAGCUACUGCUGCUGCUGCUGCUGCCACUGAUAAUAAUGACGAUGACCUGUUCUCACAAAUACUAUCACCUGCGCCGUCUUCUUCACACACUUUGCAAAGAAUGAGUCGCGUGCAAUCGUUAGAUGAUCGAGAUAGUAAGCGACGCUCGAGCACGAAAUCUGCCACACUAACACCGCUGCACCUAGCAACGGUGGCCGCCCUGCCGGCCACGGUAACGGACGCAACCGGUCGGUUUGUGACGACAUUCAACCACACGCACGCAGCCGUCCCCACGACCGCCACCAACUUCUUCGACCUGAUCGACCCGCUCGAGCUCACGACGCGCUCCCGAAGCGUCCCCAGCCUAGCGGCCAGUGCUGCCAGCAUUGGCAGUGCCGCUUCCCAUGUGGUCGGCGGCCGAAGCCGUACGCUAGCGGCGCUGUCGGCUAACGUCAGUGAGCUGGUGGAAGCCGGUAGCGGGCGUGCGUACGAUCCAGCGCUGUACGACGAUGGUCGAUCGCUGUUCGAUCCGCUGGCGGCUGCGACGAUCACCACAGUCAGCAUCGGCAACACCACGGUCCAACCGGCAACCGUGUUCGGCCCGCGACCAGGCGUCACCGACGGAAGUGUGCUCAUCGGUAGUGGCACCAGCGCGGCCACCACACUCGUGGUGGAUCUGGUCGGCACCGUCGAUCCGACUGCCCGCCAGCUUGAGCUGCCGAGCGCGAUGGAUGAACACUUCCUUAUCGCCAACUGGCAGGACUGUGUCGUUGUGAUACUGUUCUGCCUGCUAAUCGUAGUGACUGUGAUCGGUAACACGCUCGUCAUACUGUCAGUGAUCACGACACGCCGUCUACGCACCGUUACCAACUGCUUCGUUAUGAGCCUGGCCGUGGCCGAUUGGCUCGUCGGCAUUUUCGUCAUGCCGCCGGCCGUCGCCGUUCAUCUGAUGGGCUCCUGGCAGCUCGGAUGGAUUCUGUGUGAUAUAUGGAUCUCAUUAGACGUACUUCUAUGUACAGCAUCAAUUCUUAGCCUUUGUGCCAUUAGUAUAGAUAGAUAUCUAGCCGUAACGCAACCAUUAAAUUAUUCCCGUCGCCGGCGCUCGAAACGGCUGGCGCUGCUGAUGAUCCUGGUCGUAUGGGUGCUGGCACUGGCCAUCACAUGUCCUCCGAUUCUCGGAUGGUAUGAACCGGGCCGUCGGGAGCUGGACCAGUGCCGCUACAACCAAAACGAAGGCUACGUUGUCUUCUCGGCCAUGGGCUCGUUCUUCAUCCCGAUGACGGUGAUGGUGUACGUGUACGUACGGAUAUCAUGCGUUGUCGCCUCCCGGCACGAUAAGAUGACGGAAAUCGAAGUCCACAAGAAAAGUCAUCGAGUGCGGGAACCGGAGGAGGAUGGCUACCAGUCCGAGCAGGACCCGAUUCCGCUGAGCCCCAAGCGAAAGCGUUCAUCGUCCCAGCUUUCCACCGCCACCACGACGUACGUCGCCCAGCUAGGCCCGAUGCUCGACGAGGGCGUGGGGACUGGCCAGCCACCGAAACCGGCCGGCAAGCGAAACAACCACAAGCACGGGCAUUACGAGCUGAUGGACCUGAAUACGACCGGUGGCAGUACGCAGAGCCAAACCACAAUCCUUGCUGCAGCGGGCAACGGUACGGGAGGGCCGACCGGCGAUACUUCAACCGCUUCUGCUGCUGCUGAAGGGCAUCAUCAUCAGGAGCAGCUGCGACAGCGGACGUACGAUGAUGGAACGAGCCUUGACGCGAUUGUCGAUGAUCCGGCCGUCGUGCUGGCGGGCCCUGGCAGUGGCAGUACCGAGAGCAACACCAGCACCGCCGCUACGGCUGCCGCGGCCGGCUCUGCCUCGGUCAAUUACAACAAACUUCCAUCGACGGCCGAGCUCUGGUCGUCCGGCAAUAGCGUUUUCAAUCAGCAAAGCCACAAACCACAAUCCCAUUCGAUGGCGAGCUUUGCCGGUGCGGCCGGUGCCGGCUCACCGCCGAACCAUUCGCAGCACUUCCACCAUCACCAUCACCACCACCAUCAUCACCAUCACCACCAUCACGAGGGUCGCCCGACGGCGGCCCUGGCAGCGGCGACGGGCGGGCUGCGGCGCAACAACACGGUCAACACUUCUAUCACGACGUCGACCUGCAGCUCGGUGCAGCUGGUCGGCGGGCGAACCGGCGGCAACAACAUCCGCAUCCACCAGAAGUCCCUCUCCUCCCGCAUCUCGUCGAUGAAGCGCGAGAACAAGACGACCCGCACGCUCAGCAUCGUGGUGGGUGGCUUCAUUGCCUGCUGGUUGCCGUUCUUCAUCCACUACAUCAUCACGCCCUUCCUCCCGAAGGACUGGACCGUGCCGAAGCUGAGCGAGUUCUUUACCUGGCUCGGCUGGAUUAACAGUGCCAUCAAUCCGUUCAUCUACGCCUUCUACAGCGUUGACUUCCGGGCCGCCUUCUGGCGAUUGACGUUGCGGCGGUUCUUCCGCAACAGCGAGAAGGCCCCGUUCGCCAACAUUCACAACCUUUCGAUGCGCGCGCGAUGAGAGGCAGGAUGCUGUUUCCUCUUCCCUUUGCUACCGGGACACUCUUUUCCUUAGUGCGUAUGCGCUUGUGUGCGUGUGUGUGUGAGUAUGAUUGAUCGUGAGCGAUAAGGGGAAGCGGGGUGCACCAUUCCCUUGGGCGUCAUCCAGCGGGUUGCAAAUUCGAACUACGAUGGGCGACGGAAUUCGCAACGGCUGGACGGAAAAUGACCGAUUGGCGUGAUCACGAUAUCCGGUUUGGUCAAAUGGGCAAUGACCAAACGGGAGCGUGAGUGAGUGAACGAUAACAUAAAAAGAGAGUUAUAUAGCAAAUGAGAGAGAGAGAGAGAGAGAGAGAGUAAGAGAGAGAGAGAGAAAGAGAGAGAGAGAUCCUGCAGGCAGGCUUUCUAUUUGUUGUUAUUUUUUGUUAUUAUUCCUAUACGAGAUUAGUCGUUGUUAUCUUUGGUCACAAUGUCGAAGAGGUCAAGCAAUUGUGAGUAGGAUAAGUAGUUCAAUUGAAGUCGUUAUUAGGUACAUUACAGCUGGUUUUAAAUAUUCAUAUUUAAGGGAAUCGAAUCAUUGUUUAAUGAGCUUUUGUUGGCUUGAUUUUGGGCAUUUCGAAUGGAAACCAUUAAAACUUAUUACCAAGGCAUCAACCUUCUUCUUCUCUUUUCAUAACUAAUCGAUGAAAAAAUGGAUAGCAAAAAGCUAUUUUGGAAAAAUGGGCAUCGAUCUAAAAAAAUUAUGUAUGUUCUAAGGAGAAGUAGUCAGCCAACAUGCUACAAAAAAUCUUAAUGCAUUCCAUGUAAUUGUUUUAUUUAGGUACUCAUGUUUUCCAUUUUUUUGGUAAAAACAUCGACCCAUUCUCGCCAACUCUAAAAUCUUAGAAAUCUGAUAACUGAUUGGCUUGUUUUUUUUCUUCUACGUAUUAUUGGUGUUUUUAUCUGAUUUUAAUCGGACAUAUUUCUACUUGAUCCUAAUUUCUUUCAGCUAGUUCUAUCCUCUUUAUGAAUAUCGUUUCAACGUUAUGUUUAACAUAGAACCAUCUUGUGUUCUCUGUUAAACCUUUUCAAGCUGCGUAUGAAAGCCCAACAGGUGGCGUGAUAGUGGAAAUGAAACAUCGGUUUUCGGUUAUAAUAGUUUAACAUAAAUGCUGUAAUAAUAUGGAACAUGCAUCAAAUGAAAGCUAAUUGAACUAUCAAAUUAAACUUCAUUCAAAAUCGAUACAGCCUCUCUCCGAUAGCAAUCCUAAAAUAGAUUUGAACAUUUAUUUGUUAAUUUGGGAGUCCAAUUGCCUAUCAUUUGAUUCGUAAAACUUCAUAUUGGAGCAUGUUUUGGAGCAAAUAAAAAGAAAACACAUUUUUCAUUUCAUUCACAUCUUUGGAAGCUUGAACGCAGUGGAACAAAUUGUUUGGUGAUUUUGUAUGACUUUUUUAAAAGCAUGAACUUCCCUUACCAUGUGAUAUCAGUAUGGUUAAAAAUAUUUAGCACCUUGUAAUCAUUUGAUGCUGCUCUUCUGUAAAACGAACGCUAACAAUGAGUAAAUUAACAUUGAAUAGUAUGAUGCAUGAUUGGUUUUCUGCUACCGAAUGUCAUACACUUGUUGUCUUCCGCGCGGCUAGAAGACGACAAUUGGAGAAGAAAAAACACUUUAAAAAAAUGUAUCUUUGUUGUGAUACGCUACAGAAAAUGCUUAAUGGAGGCGAUCUUCAUUCCUGUGUCUGCACCAUUGGUCUCAUUCAUCACAGAACCUGAAGCAACGAGUUCUGUUGUAACUGUAGGCUGUUGUAACAGCGCAAUUCACGUUCUAUGCUUUCAUUACACGUCACCGUACGAUUCGUGCAUUCAUUUCACACACUAACACACUCAACCUCGGUACGUGCCAUAUUGCGCCACUCCAGGUGGGAACGGAGAGCUCUUCUCACCUUUAUUUAAACAGCUUCACAAUGGUAAAAGGGGAAGCAAAAACACAUCGUGCUUCACAGAGUUGAAAGGCAACAGAGCCCCACACACAAGACCAAUGCGAUCCGCAUGAAAAUGAAGUGUCAUCGUUCACAUUUGCUGCCAUAUUUUCUACAAAAACGGUCCCGCUUUGUGUGGCGCUUUAUUAUUCUGCUCGCUCGCGAGCUUUUUCUUUGUUUGUGGCGCAUAAUAGAAUCGCGUGAAAAGAAUGGUGAAAUGUGACGAACAGGAUUGGAGAGUGAAGCAAAACGUCACCCUUGCAGUAGUCAAUCACGGUGUUGGUGAAGAAGAACACGCUUCCCAGCACGAUGAAGGUGAACAAAAAACGCCACCAAAAAAUUAAAUAAAAAAUAUGUAUGGCAACAACAAAAAGAAGAUUUUUCCCAUACUGUCAACUUUUGUGUAUUUAAACCACUGCCGGAGCUCCGUCCGAUUACAACAGGAAAAAUGCAAAUGUGAAUAGGAAAGCUUUAACACAAACACAAAACAAAAACGAUGGUUGCUCGCUCGGAAAAAGAAAUCGGAAAGCAACGAACGCUUUCAAUAAGGAACGUUCGCGCUUGUAUGCACUAUUGCAUUCUCGCACGCAUGAUGUGAUUGAGAGGCUUACAGAGGCAGGCAGAAAGCACAAAUCGCGCAGUUAAUAUUUACUCUUGACGCAUUAAACAAAUAGUCUUGCAAAAAAGGCUUUUAAAAUAAUCUCCCAUUAAAAUCUUUCCUCUACGGGUGUGCUAUUGAAAUAAUAAUCCAAACCCCAGUAGGUCAAUACAUUUUAUUCCACACUAUGAUUUAUUAUGCUUUCGGGUCUUUUGUAUUUUAUUUAUGAUGAAAUAAUCGAACGGGCAAGCAAAAGGGUCACGUACAUCGUUAGGGAUUUUCAACAGAUUCGCCGGACAGUUGGCGACAAAAACCGAAAAAACCGAAACGACGGACGUGCAUCCUGGCUAAGAACAGGAGACAAGAUAAUGGCGAUACAUUUUGUCGGGUGUUGUUAGGCUAUCGGUCAUCAUACGUCAAAGCUCAUUUUCAGUCAUUUUCACACACUGGCCCACAAGCACAAUAUUACGAAGAAACAAUAAAAUAAAUGAAACAAGCAGCAGAGGGUUGUAGUGGGUUGGCUGUGACCAAGUCCCGGUGGCAAACGUCCGAACGCAUUGAAAGUGACCGUUGUGAUAGCAAGCGAACAAGGCGAACAACAAUUUCGAACUCCAUUCGACCCAUCGCGCAACUAAUACCGCCGUAAGCCAAAAUGAUAUAUUUUAAGAAUGCAGCAGGGAGAAUACAAGAGACAGCGAAUGGGGAGAGAGUGUGUAACAAGGGCGAGCACGCUGAUGAUUAAAUAGAUGCAAUGAAGUGGAAAAUUAAAUAAAAUUAAAAAC